CUAUAGUCCAUUCAAGAAUGUAUUGCAUGCGCUAUUUUGUUCCUCUACUCUUAUUACCAUUCCCUGAUGCGCCACCUAUUUUUGUUAUUUUAUUUUUAAUUUCUUUCUUUCUUCAUCAAAAACCUUGUAUUUAUUGUACAUUAUUGUUAAUUGCUCUAUUUUCUUCUACUUGUUAUUGGGGUCAAGGUAGAUGUUGGAUUGAUUUACAGCAAAAUCGAUUAUUUGACGUACGACAAGAUUCAAAUGCGACUUUUGGACAAGGAGAAGGCUGGUGGAAUUGGAAGAUUACUUUGCCCAUAGGACAAUUAUAAAAAAAAAAAGACGAAAUGACAUGCAAAAGAUAUUAGACAAGAUUGUAUUAUAAUUAUAAAUAUUACGAAAUUAGGUUUUCUUUUUCCUUUCUCAAUACCCACACGAUUGUAUUUCAAUGCCACUACUGAUAAUAACAAUAAUAAAAAAAAAUACAUUUAUUGAAGCGUUUAAAUAAAAAUAAAAAAGUAAACUAAUAUAGAAAUUCGUUAUUACAAAUGAUAUGUCAAUGCGUCUGUAUGUUUACAUACAUC